AGAAGGGUUUAUGUUCCUAUCAUAGAGGUUAAUCUUCUUUGAGGUAUUUGAGCUCCGACCGGUAAAUCAACCUGCAAAACAGAACACCGUUACUCGUUAAGAGGGGAAUGUGGGGGUUUCCCUCUUAACCGGGCUCCGGCGUGAGAAUAAGCGACUGCUUUGAGAGUAAUUAAGUGUAAGGAGUGAGAGCCAAGGGAAUAGAAUGAAUAACCUGAGGAAUGAAGGUCUCUAUUUAUAGCCGGAGAGGUGUAAGAGGUUGUGGGCUGAUGGGCCUUGGGCCAGAAACGGACAACAACGAAUAUGCUCUUUGCCUCGCUGGCCUCGACUGCUUAGUGGCUUCUAGAUGCUCGUCGGCGCUGGCGCACCUUGAUUGGAGCCACGUGUCAUUGUUGUCGGCCUUGUUGUCCUUCUGUCAUCAGCAGACAAGUGGAGAUCGUGGGACAGUUGUCCCCGUCUCUUGAUUGGUGCCAUGUAGGCGUCCUUGUGUACUUAUCGUCAGAAGAUCGUGGCGCACGAUUGAACAGAGCCUGCUGGACGCUCAUUGGCUCUUUUUACUGCCACUUGUACCCUGUGUACCUCUGUAGGUAACAGCGCGUCUUCCUAUGGAGAGGAUUUUGUUUGAUGGCAACUAACCCGCGCGGGGCUAGUGUGCUCACUUAUACCAUUGUUUUUAUGCUAAGUGUUGCUAUCUGAGUUUAUUAUGUGCUCUUCCUCGCGCGGGGGUAAGUCAUAAUGUGAUGUGAGCUGCGCGAGGUUGUUAUUCUCAAGUUGUUAUGCUAAGGAGUAUGGUCUCACGUGCAACCUGUUAUGAGGGUUGCGCGACUUUUUGGGACCAUACCCCUUCAAGUCCCCCCAGUCCAGUGCUGCACCAUGCGCAACGCAAGUGGUUGGAGCUCUGGACUUAAUAAAAAUAAGAGAAGGGGAAGUAGUCCUUUUGGUCCUGACUUGUAUGGCGCAUGUAGAAUAUUGAUGUUCUUCAUGCGCAGGCCCAAGGCAGGUGUUGGGUGAUUUGUUAUUGUGCCCUUUAGGCGCGCGAGAUUAUAGUAGGUUAUAUGUAUCUGGCGCGGCUCCUGUAACUUCUAUAUGAAGUUACUUGUGUGUUGUAUAGCGGGAAACUUCGAAAUUUGAACUUCUGACAGGUUGGUGAGAUAAGUCGCUGAGAGCGACGCUUGAGUUGACCCCUGGCACGGAUGUCAUCAUGCCGCCUGCGGCGGUUGCACUUCAUGUCAGGAGAGUGGGUGCCACGCGCGCGUGGUAACCGUCGUCCCUGCUUUUCCGCUCGACGUGGCAACUUCUCGUUGGUUGCCCUUGCGGCGAGUGCGGCACGGUUACCCAUCGCAUUAAAUGCGAUGGGUAUAAAUAUCCGAAGAGAAAGGUGAGAGAUUCACUUUCUCUUCGUUUCUUCUCCAAUUUCCUCUCAAAAGGUCUUUGAAUCUUCAAAGUGUUCUUCAUCUUCUUCAAGAUUUCUUCAAAUCUUCAAACUUUUCUUCGUUCUUUUUUCCAGAUCCUUCUAAAAUAUGAGUGAGGGGCACCAAGAGGUUCCUGCUAGUGAGGAAGGACCGGUUCCAGUCCUUAGAUGGGACUUAGGUCUGUUCGAACAGAUUGUUCGAAGCUUCAGAUUCCCACCGGAGUGGGACGCCCGGUAUCCGGCUCAAGGCCAAACCGCGGCUGAUGCCCCACCCGGCUAUAUUACCCUUUAUGAAGAUUUCUUUCUUCAGGGUAAUUUCCGGCUGCCGGCGACCAAUUUUCUGGGUAGUAUCCUUUCUUACUACAAGUUCCACAUAUCUCAGAUGAGUCCACCUGGGAUGGUGAGGGUGAGACAUUUCGAGUUCUUAUGUCAGUCUCAUGGCAUCGAGCCAUCCGUAGACAAGUUUCGAUCCUUUUACCAACUGCAAAGGACGAUGGGGUUUUUUUCGUUUGCGAGCCGGGGUGCGGCGAAGAAGAUCUUGUUGAAUCCACCCAAGAGUUUCCAUGAUUGGAAACCCAAGUUCUUCUUCAUCAGGGAAGAAGUUGUGCCGGUUGCUAUGACCUUUAGGGAAUGGACUGAGGCCAUACCCAAGGAAGACCUGACGAUCCCAAAAACGGCUUUGUGGUAUCAGCAGCUGACCCCAACCCCGAACCGGGUGUUUGGGGAAAGUGUUCUAGUUGCAGCAAAGAUGAGUGAUCAGUGGUCACCUAGCAGCAGGGAUGUUCCCGUGUUGAAGCUUGGCGAUCAAGGUUAGUUGUUUCUCUGUCUUCUUUUUAAGUGGGAUUUCUGUAAUUAUUACUUACGUAUCUCCGUUUAUAGAGGCGCAACUCUACCAAGCUGCUUUUUCUACUUUUGGAGGCUCCAUGGGCGUUCGCCCAUUGCGCGACGACGAAGAAAGCUGGUAUGACCAGAUUAAAGGAAACUUCAUGUUUCCUACUGCUGAUGCUUUCGCCUCGCCGCCAGAUGCUACUGAAGGUGCGCAAUACCCUAAACCUCGUCCAUUGCGCUCUGUGACUCUCGCUGGGAAAGAGACUUUCUAUCUUUCCAGCGAGGAGUCCGUAGGAUCUUCCAGCGGCGAGCUAAGCUCUUGGUCUAAAAUAUUUGCAGGUGUGUUGCGCGACCUGGGGAUUGACCCAGAGGAGAAAAAGAAGAAACCGGUGAAGAAGAAGAAGAAAGCGGAGCCGGAGGUGACCAGCAAGGGCACCGGCCCUAGUCGCACAACAACUGCUGCUGGCAAAGGUACUCUUCGCCUUCGUCAACGUGACUUGGAUGAUUAUGUGAUCCUCAGUGACUCAUAUGAAGGUUUAUCACAUGUAGCUAAGGGAAAAGCUGGUGCUGGUGGGUCGAAGAGUUCCGGGAGCGCGGGUUCUCGCAAACCUGAAGCUGGCGCGACUCCGUCUUUCCCAGAGGAUGAAGAAGUGGAAGAGGAAGAUGCUGCUGCUCAACUUAUUGGGCGGAAAAGGGGUAGGAGCGAGGCUACAACUGGUGUGGCUUCCGCGCCUCAAUCUGUUGUGAUCCCUGCGAUAGGGAAGACGAGCAGGCUGCGCUCGUUGUAUCAAUUUUCUCCUGGUAUGUUCUUUUCUUCUCUUUUCUUCUCUAAAAAACUUCUUUGCUUACACUUGCCUUAUUUUGCAGAGAUCAAGAAGAAGACCCCUGAAAAGGCGGUUACAUUCAGUGAGGCGGGAGUAAAAAGACCCAAGAUAACCGUCAAGCCCACUGACACUGCAGCCCAGGACGCCGCGAAGGCGGCUGAGGCGCAGCGAAAGGUGGAGGAGGCGCGUAAGAAAGAAGAAGAGAAGAAGAUUGCUGAGAAGAAAAAGGAGGAAGAAGAGAAGAGGGAGGAGGAAAGAAAAAAGAAGGAAGAAGAGGAAAGGAAGCGCAGGGCGGAGCAGGAGAGGCUGGCUGAGGUGGCUAGGAAGCAGGCCUUGGAGAAGGAGGUAGCGGCGAAAAAGGCUAUGGAUCAGCCUUUGAAGUCUCAAGGUCCUGAGGUCACCAGGCCAACCAGCACCGGCCCUGUUAUCACUUCGAAAGGGUCCGGCCGCUACUCUUCUAGCGGCGCGAGCUCCGGUGGAGCCGGGGGUUAUAACCCUAACGUGAUAGGGGCGAAAGAUACCGUUGGAGAUAUCUACUAUAAGACAUAUACUGAAGAAGAGCGCGGUGAUGCCCUCCAUCAAGCCCCCUGGAGCUUAAAACAGAAGGAUACAUUUGUUGAGUUUGGCGCUUCGCGUGAAUGGUUUUUGAAUUCCUUCCCCCCUGGUGAGGUCAAUCGGCAAAGGGCAAAACCCCAUGAGAUGUUAUAUCGUACUUAUAUUCUUGGGGAGGCCAAUGCCCGCGCUGCCAACCAUCAGAUCGUUCGCGAAUGGCGGACGAUGGUCAGAGAGCGUGCCGAUUGGGAAGUUUACCGCGAGCGUACUCUGAAGCGAAUUGCGGAGUUUGAGAAGUCGAAAGCUGCGUUCGACGAAGAAAGAGCCAAGUUUGAGGCUGACAAGAAGGCGGAGGAGUGGGGCCGCGAGGGGCUGCAGAAAAAACUCCACAAUGUUGAGGAGCAACUGGCCAAGGAGAAGGCCGAGUUCAAGCGUAUAUGCGCCCAAGACAACGAUCGUGCUUAUGCUCUACGACAGAAGAUCGUUGAUCUUGAGGCUAAAGUUGCGGACUUGACCUCAAAGGUGGAGGAAGCGCAGGGUGAAAAAGCUGCCAAGCAGCAGAUGGAGGUUGAGCUGACUGCAGCCAAGGUGCAAUUGUCCAACAAGGACAAGGAUCUCCAUGCCAAGGACGUUGAGAUAGCGGAACUCAAACGUCGCUUGAAUGAGCAAAUCGACAGAUGUGAGUCUUUGGAGAUUGACCUUGAGGCUGAGAAGGUCAAGGCUGCUGAUGCUGAGCAGGCGCGUGCUGUGAGCACUGCCGCGCUGAAUGUGGCCCAAACCAACUACUCUGAGGCUCAAGGUAUCGUCGAUACACUUGUCUCAGAAGCGGAGUGGAUGCGCACUCGUGGAGUAGUGUUGGUAAGUGCCUUAUGCUUUUUUCUUAAGUUGAUUUGAAGAGUUUUUU